GCGCAGCGCAGCCGAAGCUGGCCGAAGCGUGCCGAAGUUGCACAGUGGCCGGAGGAGCUAUCUGAAUUCUCUACUGCAAGUUUUUCAGCUUUCUUCAUUCGUGUUCUGUGGAUUCACUUGUAUUUGUGUUAGUUGUCACCUGCAUUUGGGGUACUCCAAGUUCCCUUUGACACCGAACGACGGGACUGUGCCAGGGAUCACGACGAACGCGCGACUUGCCUGGCGUGACCGACAUCCGUCGUGUGACAUCUUGAGAAGAACAGACUAAGGCCCAAGAUGGCGAUGUACAAAGGGGCGGCCAGCGAGGCCGGCAGGGCCAUGCACCUCAAGAAGAAGCGCGAGAAGGCGCUUGAGGAGUUGGAGCUGCGAAAGAAGCGCAUCGAGGAUGAGCUCAAGCUGUCCACCAUGGAGAACAAGUUUGCCACCCACUAUGACGCCGUCGAGCAGCAACUCAAGUCUAGCACCAUUGGCCUCGUCACCUUGACGGAGAUGAAGGCGAAACAGGAAGACGUGGUGAAGGAGCGGGAGCGGCAACUGGCACAGCGGCAACAAGAAAGGGAACUUCAGCGGCAGCGCGAGAUUCAGAAGAAGCGGGAGCAGCAGGAGAGGCAGAGGAGACAGAUCGCCGCGCUCUCCUUCAAACUGGAGGACGAGAGCGAGGAGGAAGAAGAAGCAGCAGACGACCAGGACGAGGAAGCAGAUGAGGAGGACGGCGAGCCGCCGGCCAAGCGCAAACUCGGCAAGAACCCGGAUGUGGACACGAGUUUUCUGCCGGACCGGGACCGGGAAGAAGAUGAGAAGGGACUGAGGGAGGAACUGCGCAUGGAGUGGGUGCAAAAGCAGGAACGCCUCAAGAACGAAGACAUAGAGAUCACAUUCAGUUACUGGGACGGGUCGGGUCACCGGAGAGUGGUCCGCAUGAAGAAGGGAAACAGCGUCUACCAGUUCUUGCAGAAAUGCAUGGAGCUGCUGCGCAAGGAGUUCUACGAACUGCGAGCGGUGACGGCAGACCAGCUGAUGUACGUCAAAGAGGAUCUCAUCAUUCCUCACCACUACACCUUCUACGACUUCAUCGUCACCAAGGCUCGCGGGAAAAGCGGACCGCUGUUUGCCUAUGACGCCCGCGAGGACGUGCGUCUCACGAACGACGCGUCGGUGGAGAAAGAGGAGUCGCACGCGGGCAAGGUGCUGCUGCGGUCAUGGUACGAGCGCAACAAGCACAUCUUCCCAGCAUCUCGUUGGGAGCCCUACGAUCCGGCGCGAUCCUACGAUCGCUACACAGUCUCGGAUCGUCACAAGUAGGCGCCGUGGAAGCGGCAUCGAUGAAGCGCCGUCCGAUUCAAAAUGAAUGGAUUCAAAACGAACGGGUGGAAACGUGGCAUUUGCGUCCAAACAAACCGUCAUCCGAGUCGUUAUAUGGAGAAGGAAAACGUUCGGCACGCAAGGUUGGAUGUUGGUCCUUGCUGCGAAAUUAACCAGUCACACACAACGUGUGAAUCCCCGGGUUGCGCUAACAUUGGUAGCGGUUCAAACCGUAUAGUGCUGCAUCAUUUGUAGCUUUCCUGUUGCCGUAAACAUGCCAUCCAUGUCCCCGAACGUACCAGCAUAUGAGUCAUUAUACGAAGAAGGAAAACAUUCAGCGUGCAAGGGCGGAAGGUAGUGGCGGCUGCACAAUGGACCAAUCAUGCACAAUGUACAAUCUUCAAGUUUCCGUGAAGAGCGGCAGUGGUUUGAAUUGGACGGUGUUGCAUCAUUUCCAACUUUCAUGGUGCUAUGAGAGCCGAGACAGCUCGGUUCGAUUUUGCGGUGCUAAUACAUUCUGCCUACUGUAUCUGUAAAUUCUGUUUGGCCAGUCUUGUACCCCCCUUGUCCAGUGUUCCAUCUUUGCUUAGCAGACAUUGCCUUGCUCUGUGCAACAGCCAAGGUCACUGUUUGAACAUUAUGACGAGACGAGGCUACCUAAAACUAGAACGACUCGUAGGCAUAUAUGUAGAAGAAUGUGACUUGAUCCAAGAUGGUUAUUUUUCUCCUUUUUUGAGGCAUAUACAUUAUAUUCUUUACAAUAUUGACCGAUUGAAGGCCAUUAUCUUUCGAGAAAAUUUAAAAACAAUAACAGCACAACCGGAAACUAUCACGACGAUCGAAUGUUUAAAUACAUCACGACCAACAGGCGGCAACCACGUUUCCACCCAUUAGUGAAGAUAAGAGUGAGAUGGAGCGUCAUCAUCAUCAUCAUCCAAGUAUGCAUAGUCGCACCGUUAUUUGAUGUCAGAUUUGCAAGACGGUGACCGACUGUUAGCACCCUCUUUUUUACCAGAAAUAGGUGAACAUGUAUAUAUGCCUGACUCACUUUGCCAAAACCAGCAUUGCAUCAGUUUUCAUGGUUUGGCCAGUGCAUUUUGUAAUCUAAUGUUGGAAUAGUCACUGCAAACAGCAAUGCCAGUUCUGCAAAGGAAAAUAAAAAUGCCACGGGAAUGUUUACCCCUUUGGAA